CUGUGUUUCAGGUCAUCUAAUCAGGAAGUAAACAAUGUUUGUUUGGCGCUAAACUUUCUUCCUUGUUGUUUCUCUGAAACUUUCCUCUGUUUUUUGGAAAUAUGGCGAGCUUCCGACAGAAAAUAAAAACGAGCGUACCGGAAGAAACCAAGAGCAGUCUGACUGAAAAAGAUUUGCAGAAGUGGGGUUUGCAAGGGAUUCAGUUGCGAGCCUAUCAGCUGGACGGAGUGCGGUGGCUCACCCAGUGCCUGGCCAACCAGCAGGGAUGUAUCCUAGGAGAUGAGAUGGGCCUGGGAAAGACCUGUCAGACCAUCUCUCUGCUAUUGUACAUGAGAGGGGCCCUGCGGCAGGACGGGCCGUUCCUGGUCCUCAGCCCACUGUCUGUCAUGGACAACUGGAGGAGCGAGAUGGAAUGCUUAUCCCCCUGUCUCAAGGUGCUGUGUUACUAUGGAGACAAAGACAAGAGAGCAGAACUGCAGAGGGACAUGAACAACACAUACUACCAUGUUCUGCUAACUACAUAUGAGCUCUGUAUCAAAGAUGCCUCGUUCCUGAAAAGGAGGAAGUGGAAAGUCUUGGUAGUUGAUGAGGCUCACAGACUGAAGAACCACAACUCACUGUUGCACAAAAUCCUGAUGGAGUUCUCUCUGGAUUUCAGAGUGCUGCUGACAGGAACUCCUAUCCAGAACAACCUGACGGAGCUCUACAGCCUCCUAUCGUUCAUCCAGCCCAGUCUCUUCCCUACAGACCAGACCGAGGACUUCACUAACACUUACAGCCAGGUCCAGACACAACCGACUCUGGCCAGUGAUCUCCAGAGAGUACUGCAGCCCUUCCUGCUGAGGAGGGUAAAGGCCGAGGUAGCAGCUGACCUCCCCGUGAAGACAGAGAUACUGAUGUACCACGGCCUGUCUGCCCUGCAGAAGAGAUAUUAUAAGGCUAUACUCACCAAGGACCUGUAUGCCUUUGGGGAUGAGCAGGGCAACAAGACCAGACUGCUUAAUAUACUGAUGCAGCUCCGGAAGUGUGUGGAUCACCCCUACCUGUUUGAUGGUGUGGAACCAGAGCCGUUUGAGAUGGGGGAGCAUCUGAUCCAGGCUAGUGGGAAACUCUGUCUGCUGGACAGCAUGCUGGCAUACCUGCACCAAGGGGGACAUCAUAUCUUGCUGUUCUCCCAGAUGACCAGGAUGCUAGACAUUCUCCAAGACUACAUGGAAUACAGAGGUUACAGCUAUGAGCGUCUGGAUGGAUCAGUCAGGGGGGAAGAGCGUAACCUGGCCAUCAAGAACUUCAGCAGCAAAGACGUCUUUGUCUUUCUACUCAGCACUAAAGCAGGAGGCGUCGGGAUGAACCUAACAGCAGCUGAUACUGUGAUCUUCAUUGACUCUGACUUCAACCCCCAGAAUGACCUGCAGGCUGCAGCUCGCUGCCACCGGAUUGGUCAGACCAGGGCUGUGAAGGUGAUCCGGCUCCUGGGGAGGGAUACGGUAGAGGAGAUUGUGUACUCCCGGGCAAGUUCUAAGCUCCGCCUUACCAACACAGUGAUAGAAGAGGGGCGUUUUUCUCUGCUUAGCCACACCCACUCUGCUGCUGCCGGUCUGCAGCUCAGCGAGAUCCUGAAGUUUGGAGUGGACAAGCUGCUGUCGUCUGAAGAGAGCUCCAUCCAGGCUGUGAACCUGGGUCUGAUCCUGGGUCAGUCUAGAGACGGGGAGUGGCUGACGGAUGAAGCCCCCACCCAGACCAAGGACCUGCCCACAGAGGAGGAAGAGGAGGGGCAAUCUGAGGGACAGAACCACAUGUACUACUUUGAAGGGAGGGACUACUCCCGGGAGGUGAGCUCUGAGGACCAGAGGACCUUCAGUCUUCUCCUGGAGGGAGAGGCAGGAGGAGGAGGAGGAGGAGGAGCGAGACGGGCGACACGACACAACGAUGAAGUGUGUCUGUCCGGGCCCCUGGGGGCCCCCGUAAGGAAGAGGAAGGCCUUGACUGAGACUGACCUGAAAGAGAGGGAGGAGGCUGCUGCUAAGAGGGCCAGAUUACAGGAGGACAAGAGAAGGAGACUACAGGAGAACAAACACAGGAAGAAGAUGGCAUGGUGGGAGUCCAGUGGGUACAGAUCCCUGUGUUUACCCUCUGUGGAGAGCGAGGAGGAGGAAGAGGAGGAGGAGGCUGAUGACCUCAGCGUGACCUCUACAGAUUCAGAACGCUCUGCUAUUAAUUACGUGUUGGGUGAUGUCACACACCCCUGCGCCAACCAGGAAGACGCCAUCAUAGUGCACUGCGUUGAUGACUCCGGCCGGUGGGGUAGAGGGGGUCUCUUCACAGCGUUGGAGAACAGGUCAGAUGAACCACGGAAACAGUAUGAACUGGCUGGAAAGAUGAAAGACUUGGAGCUGGGAUCUGUGUUGCUGUUUCCUGUUGAUGAUAAACAGUCCAGACUGGAUGGCCAAGACCAGGUGGCCCUCAUAGUGUCCCAGCAGAGAGCCAGAGACAACAGCCUGUCAGGGAUCCAUCUCUCUGCUCUGGAAGAAGGACUCCAGAAAAUCUACAGGGUCGCCAAGACUAACAAGGCCAGCGUCCACCUCCCCCGUAUCGGCCACUCCACCAGAGGGUUUAACUGGUAUGGAACAGAGAGACUCAUCAGGAAACACCUGGCCUCCAGGGGGGUACACACCUCCAUAUACUACUACAGCAGGUCUGUCUCUACCUCUGCUUUAGGUACGUCCACAACACCCUCCACAGCAUCAGCCUCAACCUCCAAGGCCUCAACCUCCAAGGCCUCAGCAGCAUCCCCCUCCCCAACCUCCGUCUCCCCCUCCCCAACCUCCGUCUCAGUCUCCCCCUCUCCUCCACACUGCCCCCCAGUGCCACAGUAUCCUGGCCCUGAUUCAGACAGGGAGAGUGAGGAAGGAGAGACAGCCAAUCAGAGCUCAGACAGGGAGAGUGAGGAAGGAGAGACAGCCAAUCAGAGCUCAGACAGGGAGAGUGAGGAAGGAGAGACAGCCAAUCAGAGCUCAGACAGGGAGAGUGAGGAAGGAGAGACAGCCAAUCAGAGCUCAGACAGGGAGAGUGAGGAAGGAGAGACAGCCAAUCAGAGCUCAGACAGGGAGAGUGAAGAAGGAGAGACAGCCAAUCAGAGCAGCAGGACCCCCAGCCCCUCUGGACCUGCUCUGCCUGACUUCAUGAGAGGAGUUCAUGUGUUCUUCUACAACCUGUCAGCCUCAGACAGGAAGAGACUGGCCCGCUACCUCAUCACCUAUGACGGAGAUGAGGAGGAGAUCAUGAGUUCAGAGGUCACACACAUUGUAACAGAGCUGGAGAGUCCUGUCCAAUCACAGGAGCUCCAGGAGCUGAUUGGUCAGUACCCUCAUGCACUUCCUGUUCAGAAGAGCUGGCUGGAGGCCUGCUUCUCUAGACAGAGACAAGUCAACACCACCAAGUUCCUGCACUGCUUUAAAUGAUGUAUCUCUUCAGUACUAUAACACGCAGCUGAUGUGAGCCUGCAGGAUCCACAGAUCAAUACCUUUUGCAGCACUCCCUUUCUCCCUCUACACUACUACUUUAAUACUUAACAUACUCAACUGAUUACAAUGAAGUAGAGAACAUUCCUUUACUCUGCUUUUUUAUUUGUAUACAUUUAUAUAAAUUAUUUUAAUAUGAAAUGUAUUUUGGUAGUUGCAGAUAGUCUAGUGGUUAGAGCAUUGGGCCAGUAACCGAAAGGUUGCUGGAUCGAAUCCCCGAGCUGACAUGGUAAAAAAAAUCUGUCAUUCUGCCCCUGAGCAAGGCAGUUAACCCACUGUUCCCUGUUAACCCACUGUUCCCUGUUAACCCACUGUUCCCCGUUAACCCACUGUUCCCCGUUAACCCACUGUUCCCCGUUAACCCACUGUUCCCCGUUAACCCACUGUUCCCCGUUAACCCACUGUUCCCCGUUAACCCACUGUUCCCCGUUAACCCACUGUUCCCCGUUAACCCACUGUUCCCCGUUAACCCACUGUUCCCCGUUAACCCACUGUUCCCCGUUAACCCACUGUUCCCCGUUAACCCACUGUUCCCCUUUAACCCCCUGUUCCCCGUUAACCCACUGUUCCCCGUUAACCCACUGUUCCCCGUUAACCCACUGUUCCCCGUUAACCCACUGUUCCCCGUUAACCCACUGUUCCCCGUUAACCCACUGUUCCCCGAGCGCCGAAGACGUGGAUGUCGGAAGCCUCCCCCCCCACCUCUCUGAUUCAGGGGUUAAAUGCAUUCAGUUUUACAACUGACCAGGUAUCUCCCUUUCCGUUCCUUAUCAUUAGGCGUUCUGUAUAUCAGUGGUUCCCAACUUUUUCCGGAUACUGACUCACCAACUAAAUGUUGCUCUGCCCGGAGUGUCCCUGAAGUACCCCCAGGUGUGGGAACCACUGCUGUAUAGCUGACCAGGUACCACUCUAAAGUGAUAUGUUAUAGAACUGAGAGGUGGGGCUUAUAGAAAAGGGGCGUGGCAUGAUGCUCCACCUGUAGAGGUCAAUGAGGUAUAAAUGAACUGGGACUGCUUCCAAGAUGGGCAUCUGUUGUUUUUAAUGUAAUCUGCUCACGUUGCCAUCUGCUUGACGGAGCCGGUAACACCUGAUCACCAGCGCUGUGUGCACUGGCGCCAGCAGCAAUGACGUCAUCCAGAAGCAUGGCAGACAUUGAAUGAUUAUUAAAUGUCUAAUGUUCUAUAUUCUAAUGUUGGGAAACAAUUAUCAGACAAUUAUUGGAGGAGAAAAAAAACACUGGAUAUUUUUGGCACAAAGUUGAUAACGAAAGUGUCUUUUUAAAUGUUUUCAAUUGGACUUCUCUAUGGGGAUUGUCCUUUUGUGCUCUGCUCGGCUUGGUAGCAACACAUGGCAGCAGCAUCAACGCGACCAACAGGCACAACCACAGCAGUCCUUGCUAUGCUAUCUGGGAUCCUUGGGACGUCCACAACCUAACCUUAACCUAACUCUUUUACAUUUUAGAUUACUGGGGUAACGUUAGAGUUGGGACAGCCCAAUGAUCCCAGAUAGCAUAGAAAGGACCGCUGUGGUUGUGCCUGUUGCUCACAUUGCGAAUAUAUGUGUGAUGCUUUGCGUGAUUUAUUGUUGUUUCUACCUUCUUGCCCUUUGUGCUGUUGUCUGUGCCCAAUAAUGUUUGUACCCUGUUGUGUGCUGUGCCAUGUUGUUAAAUACAGUUGAAGUCGGAAGUUUACAUACACCUUAGCCAAAUACAUGCACCAAAGUAUGUUCAUCUCUAGGAGACAGAACGCGUCUCCUUCCUGAGCGAUAUAACGGCUGCAUGGGCCCAUGGUGUUUAUACUUGCAUACUAUUGUUUGUACAAAUGAACGUGGUACCUUCAGACAUUUGGAAAUUGUUCCCAAGGAUGAACCAGACUUAUGGAGGUCAAAAAAUAAAAUUCUGAGUUCUUGGCUUCUUUUGAUUUUCCCAUGACGUCAAAAAAAGAGGCACUGAGUUUGAAGGUAGGCCUUGAAAUACAUCCACAGGUACACCUCCAGUUGACUCAAAUUAUGUCAAUUAGCCUAUCAGAAGCUUCUAAAGCCAUGACAUCAUUUUCUGGAAUUUUCCAAGCUGUUUAAAGGCACAGUCAACUUAGUGUAUGUCAACUUCUGACCCAUUGGAAUUGUGAUACAGUGAAUUAUAAGUGAAAUAAUCUGUAAACAAUUGUUGAAACUAUAGUUUGUUAACAAGAAAUUUGUGAAGUGAUUGAAAAACGAGUUUUAAUGACUCCAAAGUGUGUAUGUAAACUUCCGACUUCAACUGUAUAAUCUGGGUCUAUAAGUGUUAAACAUCCAAAAUAUUUUCAGAAAAUAAAGCUCAAGCACCAAGGAGAUAAGAUAGCAUUUGUGUGUUACAUAAAUUGCAUAGUUUAUUUACAAAAAAUGUAAUUUACAAAAACAAUGCUGCAAUUUGACAUAUCAACCAGAAAUGGACUUUAAAAAUCAUUUUGGUGCCCAUCAAUAUUACAAACUUACAGUGUCAUAUUUAUGUGCAUAUAUAUUAUGUUAACUAAUAGCAAAGAAAAGUUUUGGAAUUGGCCUAAUCAAGACCUAAUUAAAUCUGUGUGACAUGA